AUGUGGGCAUUUCAGCAGCAGUCCUCUCUGGCGCUGCAGCAGCAGCAGCUGUUGCAGCAGCAAAGACAGCAGCAGCUGCUGCAACGUCAGCAGCAGAGCUACGGCUGUUCUGGGCUCCGCCAGGACCGCCCCUACCCGCAGCAGCAGCAGCAGCAGCAGCAACAACAGGAGGAUCUCAAGUCUCCAAAGCUGCUGCAUCAUGCUCCUCACUCUCUCGGCAGCAGCGGGGCCCUGACUUCUCGGCAGACUUCCUGCGGCCCCAGCCGCUCUAUCAGCAGCAGCGAAGACAUAGCAAGACCCCACAGCAGCAGCAGCAGCAGCAGCAGCAGCAGCAAUAUUGGCUUUUCCCUGAAUCCUGAUGGGCCCUUUAGACACAUCAGCAGCAGCAGCAGCAGCAGCAGCAGCAGAAACAACCUCUCCCACCCUUAUUUAGAGGCGUGUCUCUCACAGCGCAAUGAGCCGUUUGGUGUUGAGUUGCUGCAGCACGGUUCUGCAGCAGCAGGAGCAGCAGCAGCAGCAGCAGCAGCAGCAGCAGGAGGAGCAUUAUCUGGUGAAUCAAACCCCUUACCCCCUGAUGAGUUGGCUUCGUCUUCAAUUCAAACGCAUGCAGAAGAAGGGGGCCCCCUAGCCGGCCCCCUACGUCUGUGCAGCCUUUCAUCAAGCUUUAUAGGGGGCCCCCCUGCUGGUGCUUACUUAAGACAUAAAGCAAGAAGCAAAUCUUGCUUCUCUGCUGCUGAAGAUAUACAGGGGGCCUCGACUGAUCUCCGUCGUGUGAGGUUUUCUCUUGCGGAGGGACAGGCCUUUUCUCCCGCUGCUGCUGCUGCUGCUGCUGCUGCUGCUGCAGGAGGAGGAGCAGCAGCAGCAGGAGCUGCAGAGACACCCAACCACACAAAAGCUGCUCUGCUGCAGCGGCGAAUGAGCGAUGGAGGGGCCCCUGGAAGAAGCAUUUCGAAUUCAGCAGCAGCAGCAGCUGCUGCUGCUGCUGCUGCUGCUGCACGAGCAGCAGGUGCAGCAGGAGCAGCAGCAACAGCAGCAGGGGCCCCCAGCAGCAGCAGCCAAACCCUAGGUGCUCACAUUACUCUCAGUCUUGAUGCUGCUACAAUUGCUGCCUCUGGUGCUGUGCAGCCCAGCGAUGUAUUCAGCCGCAUGGAAGUCGUCGCCGUACCAGAAGGCUGCUCCAGUACUGCCGUUGGGACGCAUGUAUUGCUGCAGCUGCAGGAGAACACGCAACAGCAGCAGCAGCAGCAGCAGCAGCGACGGGAGUCUGCGCGUGCUGCUGAAGCUGCAGCGGAGGCUGCUGCCCAAGAAGCAAGUGCAGCAGCAGCAGAUGCAGCAGCAGCAGCAGCAGCAGCAGCGGUUGCUGCGGCAAACUCAGCCUCAGCUGAAGCGGAAGCAGCAGCGUUCGAAGCUCUAGCAGCAGCAAAGGAAGUCGCAGCAGCAGCAGCAGCAAAUACACAUCCAUCUGCUGCAGCACCUGUUGCUGCUACCCCUCUACGUGCUGCUUCGAUGUCCGCUCUGCAUGCACAAAAUUCAGCCCAGAAACUCAUAUACCGCGCUGGAUCGUUGAAGCCCCAGCUGAGCCGAAGCAGCAGGAGGUCGUAUCCGGAGAGCUUCGCUGCAGCAGAGGCCCUAGACUCGGAUGGACUGCUCCCCAGCAGCAGCAGCAGCAGCAGCAGCAGCAGCAGCAGCAGCAGAUAUCAGAGAAGGAGUCCGUCUUCUCCUGAGUUAGGAAGCCCUGCAGAGGCGCACCAGCGCGUUGCUGCUGCUGCUGCUGCUGCUACUGCUGUUCCUGCUGCUGCAGCUGCUGCUGCAGAGGGUGGCUCCGUCACCCCCUCCGCCCAGACCCACAGCAGCAGCAGCAGCAGCAGCAGCAGCAGCAGCAGCAGCGGGCAGCAGCAGCACUCUACGCAGUCUGCUCUUUCUGCUUUUGCAAAGGCACUUAAACCCAGCGUCCGUUUGAUGGGGCAGCGGCUGUCUCGCCACAGUUUCUUUUCAGGUUCUUCAAGUGUCGCUCCUCGUGCUGCUGCUGCUGCUGCUGCUGCUGCUGUUGCUGCUGCUACUUCUGCUGCUGCUGCUGUUGCGCCCACUGCUGCGCCUGCUGCUGGUCCUGCCGCUGCUGCUGCUCCCCAUGUUGAUGCUGCUGCUGCUGCUGCUGGGGCCGUUGCGCCCGAUGAUUUGCUGCUAAGGAAAGAAGCUGAAGCAGCAGCAGCAGCUGCUGCUGCUGCUUCAGAGGCCUCCAUCUGGCAGCAGCAGCAGCAGCGGGAAGCAGCAGACGCAGAAGGCUGCCGCUUGAUUACUUCACAGGGGCACAGCAGGAGGAACCCCUGUCUUGCUGAGCAGCAAGAGUACUAUUACGCGCAGCAGCAGCAGCAGCAACAACAGCAGCAGCAGCUACUUCAGCAGCAGCAGCACCAGAUGCUUCAUCAGCAGCAGCAACAGCAACAGUUACUUCAACAGCAGCAGCAGCAGCAGCAAUAUCUCCAUGACUUGGGGCCUAUGCAAGCCGACGGAGGCAUCUCUACUAACGGGUAUCUCCCUCCUGCAGCAGCAGCAGCAGCAGCAGCAAAGCCGCAGCUUGCUUCAGCGAAGCACCAGGGCCUUUUGUCUAUCAGCCACAGACUGAUGCAUUCUGCAGACAAGUCAGCAGCAAGCAGUAAACGCCAGCAACAGCAGCAUCAGCAACAGUUGCUGCAGCAGCAGCAGCUGCAGCAUCAUCAUCAACAGCAGCAGCAGCAGCACGGGGUGUCUGCUGCUGAACCCUCAAGCCUUCUUAGAAGGGGCGGGAGCCUUGCUGCUGCUGGCUUCCACAGCGGGUCUCUGCUGCGUUCGAGCUCUUCUCUGCAGCAGCAGCAGCAGCAGCAGCAGCAGCAGCAAGGUCUGCCGGAGUACCCGCAGCAUUUACAGGAUUUGCAGUCGCAGCUGCAGCCGCAGCCUCAGGCUUUGGCUGCACAUACGCAGCAGCAGCAGCAGUAUCAUCAUCCGCAGCAGCAGCAGGUUCAGCAUUUCCAGCAGCAGCAGCAGGCGCAUCACGUGCAGCUGCAGCAGCAGCAGCAGCAGCAGCAGCAAACCCCAGAAUAUGAUAUUCAGUUUGGAGGCCUCUUUGUUCGUUUGCUGCGCAAACUAAGCGCGAAAUGUCACUGCCAGUUUGAUGUAUGGGAGGCGGAGGCGGUGGGGAUAGCCGAUCCCGAAGCAGCAGCAGCAGCAGCAGCAGCAGCAGCAGCAGCAGGAGCAGCAGGAGGGGCUGGGGGAGGAGGGGGAGUCAACGGUUCGGGCACAGCAGCAGGUGGAGGAGGAGGUGCAGCAGGAGCAGGAGCAGCAGGAGCAGCAGCAGCAGCAGCAGCAGCUGAGGAAGCAGCAAUUAUUGUGAAGGGAGAGACACUAGGGGCUCUGCACAUGCAUUUGCUGGGGCUGCGCAAGCGAUUCGCAUUGAAGUUGUUAGACGUUGAAAAGACAGAAGAAAGCAGACUAAAAUAUAAGACUCACAGUGUCUUGCAGGAAGGGCUUCAGCUUCGGGAUUUGUGUAGCCAGUUGUGGGGAGCACGUGCAGCAGCAGCAGCAGCAGCAGCAGCAAGCAGCGGGCGUAUAUUGACAGCAGAAGAGCAGCGUUUACUGCUGCAGCUGCAGCAGAACUGUCCUGAUCAGCACCCAGAGUUGGUGCUGCAGCAGCUGCAGCAGCACAACCCUCAACUUCUUCCUGCUACUAGAGGGCUUGCUGUACCGCGAUAUCUGUGGACAGCAAAAGGAACAGCAGCAGACGGCAGCAGCAUAUUAGGUGUAGCGAUGGAGCGUAUAGAGGGUAGGACAUUAACACAAGUGCUGCAGCAGAUGAGGGCACCUACACGCUCAUCUGCUGCUCUACUUCUGCUAGAGAUAUGUCUAAAGUUUGUUAGCAGCCAGAAGCUGCUUGCAUGCGGCAUUAAUAAACCUAUUAUCAACUGGGAUACAAAGCCAGGGAAUGUACUUGUAGAGCUUACUCGAACUUCUGCUGCAGCAAUCCGCUGUCUCCGUUGUGUUAUAAUAGACGUUGGAGACGCUUUACCUGGGCCUUGCUUCUUCUUUCCGACCCGUCACCAGUCAGGUGUCUCUCCUUCGUAUGUUAUUUGUACUAAAGGAAGCUGCAGCCCUGAAUGUGCUAUUCUUGUCUUUCUUCUUGCUGCUAGCAGCAAAAGUGAAGCCUUUAGACGCACUUGGUACGGAUCAGCAGACACUAAAGCUAUGCUUCAAGCUAAAAAGAACAGACUCUUAUAUAGAUGGGGGAGGCUGCAGCAAGAAGGCAUUCUUCGUAGACGAGUCCCUCACCAGCAGCAGCAGCAGCAGCAGCAGCAGCAGCAGCAGCAGCAGCAGGAGGGACAGGGACAGGGACAGGGACAGGAAUUGCAACAGGGACAGGGACAGGGACAGGGGCAGCAACAUCAUCAGCAGCAGCAGCAGCAUCCGCAGCAACAGCAGCAGCAGCAGCAGCAGCAGCAGCAACAACAACAGCAGCAGCAGGAGGGUUGUGGAGGUCGCAGUGCAGGAGACAAAGGAUACUGGGAAGUCUGCUUCUCUGAAGGGAGUGUUGUAUUCUCUACCGGUUUAGUAAUAGCGCAGCUCUUAGGAGGGCCUAAUCUAAUAAAUGUUCUAGAGAAGGAUGAAGUACUUGUGCUGGAUAUGUUAUGUGAAUGGGGAUGCGAGGGGACAGCUAAUCUAUUUAGCAAUAAACCUAAUAUAGGCCCUGCCUGUCUCCUUCCUCAGUCUGGAGUAUUCGCUCAAGAGCCCUGGCUGUCUCUUGUUAAACAAAUGCUGCAGCAUACACUUGCUUUCUGCCCUUCAGACAGGUGGUCGCUUGCUGCGUUAGAAGCUUAUCUUCUUUAUUUCUAUAAAGCAUUUAGAGACUAUACUCAGGGAAAGGAGACGCUUGCUAGACAUACACUCCAGCAAAUAGCAGUCAAACUCCAGCACAAUGCUUUUCAACGAUAUACCUGCAGCAGCAGCAGCAACAGCAACAGCAACAGCAGCUGCAGCAGCAGCAGCAGCAGCAGCAGCGGGAAUGCGCAGAAAAACGAAUGA